UUUGUGGCUCUGGUAAAAGCAUAUUAAUCUCUGGACGUAACUGAAGAGCGAAGAGCGAAGGCGAAUUUCCAAAAUCAUAUAAAACGGAAAGGUCUUCAUCAAUCGUUUUCUGUCCAGACCACCAAACUCCGAUUUUGCAGUGCAGUGCAUGUCUGCUUCUAUAUAUCAGUAUGGCAGCCAGCACUAGCCAGAACGGAAUCCAACUCUUGUUAGCUGCGGAGCAAGAAGCUCAAUACAUUGUCAAUGCUGCUAGAACUGCAAAACAAGCCAGGCUGAAGCAGGCAAAAGAAGAGGCUGAGAAGGAAAUUGCUGAAUUCCGUGCUCAAAUGGAAGCUGAGUUUCAGAGGAAGGUUGCGGAGAGUAGUGGAGAUUCCGGUGCUAAUGUGAAACGCCUUGAACAAGAAACGGAGGAGAAGAUCCUUCACCUGAAUGCGGAGGCUUCAAGAAUUUCACACGAUGUUGUUUCUAUGCUCCUAAGGCACGUGACGACCGUAAAGAAUUAAGAGCUUGGCUUAGCAGAGUGGAUUGGAACUGAGCUCACAGGUUCUCUUGAUCUUGCCUAUUGUGGAACGGGAUGCUCUUUUUCAGUUUUUACUGUAGGCUAUGUUUAUUUCUUGUGCUGUAUGUGUGCAGUUGCCAUUGUAUAAUAAAGUGCUGCAGUCAUUAUUUUUGUGAACUUUGUUUCUAAUGUUGAGAGAAAACAGAUUACUUUCGCUUCACAUAUGAAAAUAAGUUAUGUUGUACU